ACUCAUCCAAAAUGGCCAGCAAUGGGUCCUUACAGUUGUUGCUUCUUUUAGUUGCUAUCUUCUUCUUCCAGUCGAUAUUUGGAACUUCUGUGAAUAUGACGGAGACAGAAAAUGCGGUUGAAUAUCAUGUUGAGAAGCCGGAGCUUGUGGCUCAAAUGGUAGAAAGGAGCUUAAAUAUUUCGAAAAGAAAGCUGAGUUCGUGCGGAACAGGGAACCCCAUCGACGACUGUUGGCGUUGUGAUCCUAACUGGGUUAAUAACAGAAAGAGGCUGGCUGAUUGUGCCAUUGGCUUUGGCAAAAACGCCAUUGGAGGCCAGAAUGGCAGAUUUUAUAUAGUUACAGAUCCCAGUGACGAUGACCCUGUCAAUCCUCGACCUGGCACUCUGCGCCACGCUGUUAUUCAAACCGAGCCUCUCUGGAUUAUUUUCCAAAGAGAUAUGGUUAUUCAGCUCAAGGAGGAGCUUAUCAUGAACAGUUACAAGACCAUUGAUGGUAGAGGUGCCAAUGUUCAUAUAGCAAAUGGAGCUUGCAUCACAAUUCAGUAUGUGAACAACAUCAUCAUUCAUGGAAUUCAUAUCCAUGACUGUAAACCUGCUGGAAAUACAAAUGUGAGGAGCUCACCCACCCAUUAUGGGUAUAGAACCAGAAGUGAUGGAGAUGGGAUUUCCAUCUUUGGAUCAAGUGCGAUUUGGGUAGACCACUGUUCAUUGUCAAGCUGUACAGAUGGACUGAUCGACGCCAUCAGAGGGUCCACUGCUAUCACCAUUUCAAACAGCUUUUUCACUCACCAUGACAAGGUGAUGCUCCUGGGACACAGCGAUGACUAUACCCAAGACGUUAAAAUGCAAGUAACAGUUGCAUUCAACCAUUUUGGAGAAGGGCUUGUUCAGCGUAUGCCUAGAUGCCGACAUGGAUACUUCCAUGUAGUGAACAAUGAUUACACCCACUGGGAAAUGUACGCAAUCGGGGGAAGUGCAAACCCCACCAUUAACAGCCAAGGCAACAGAUUCCUUGCCUCUGACUCAACCAAGGAGGUGACAAAGCAUGAAGAUGCACCAGAAAGUACGUGGAGCAAUUGGAAUUGGAGAUCAGAGGGAGAUCUGAUGUUAAACGGGGCGUUCUUCAGAGCAUCAGGAGCUGGAGCAUCGUCAACGUAUGCCAAAGCUUCGAGUAUGGCGGCAAGGCCUUCCUCUAUUGUGGGCUCUAUCACUGCGACGUCAGGUGUCCUCACCUGCAGAAAAGGUUCCAGCUGUUAGACAAAAUACGUGCAUUAUAGAAAACUGUGAGGAAUCCUUCGAAUAUGUACUUGGUGAGCAUUAGCGUACUGAAUUUAUGAAUCUGUCUCUCUCCAGACAGUAUGAUCAAAUAUAACUAGGUUUAUUAGUUAAUAGUUAGCUAUUUUAGUUGUUUUGUGGAAACUACAGUCUUCUACUAAAUUGGAAUAUAUGAGCUUCUCUUUAUUAAAUUGCAAGCGUAGUUGAAGGUCAUGUCACCAUGGUGUUUAUUAUCUUGCUUGCCAUUCAAUAAUAAUUUUUAAAAGAAAUAUUUUAUUAAAUUAAUAUUUGGAAAAUUUGAAAUUAUUAAAUUGUAAGACAC